GUCGCAAUCUCCGUCUUCUCCAUUAGAUCCAACACAUGAAAUUCGGCAAAGAGUUUCGUACUCACCUCGAAGAAACUUUACCUGAGUGGAGAGACAAGUUCCUUUGCUAUAAACCUUUGAAAAAGCUUCUCAAAUACUAUCCUUACUCUUCCGAUCACCUCGAUUCGCGUCCGGUAUUCGCUGAUACCACUAACAUCUCCUCCGCCACAGACGACGGCGAUGUGGCUCCCGGCGUUAGGCCGACGGAAGAUCUCCAGGGUUCGUUUGUGAGGAUACUCAACGAGGAACUUGAGAAGUUUAAUGAUUUUUACGUUGACAAAGAAGAAGAUUUCGUUAUCAGAUUACAGGAGCUCAAGGAAAGAAUCGAGCAAGUUAAAGAGAAGAACGGAAAGAAUGGGGAGUUCGCAUCAGAAAGCGAGUUCAGUGAAGAAAUGAUGGAUAUUCGCAGAGACCUUGUUACCAUUCAUGGCGAGAUGGUGCUCCUCAAAAACUACAGCUCCCUUAAUUUUGCAGGACUUGUCAAGAUUUUGAAGAAGUACGAUAAAAGAACAGGUGGACUUCUACGUUUGCCUUUCACACAGCUUGUUCUCCAUCAACCUUUCUUUACAACAGAGCCCCUUACUAAGUUAGUCCGUGAUUGUGAGGCCAAUCUUGAGCUUCUCUUUCCUUCAGAAGCAGAAGUUGUAGAGUCUUCCAGCACCGUGCAAGCACACUCGAGCUCACAUCAGCACAACUCCCCAAGAAUCUCAGCCGAGACUUCCUCAACUCUCGGCAAUGAAAAUCUUGAUAUAUAUAAGAGUACACUCGCUGCAAUGAGAGCUAUAAGAGGGUUACAAAAGGCUAGCUCGACGUACAACCCAUUAUCAUUCUCAUCGCUUCUUCAGAACGAGGAUGAUGAGACGGUAACAGCUGAAAACUCUCCAAACUCUGAGAACAAAGAUGAUUCAGAGAAGGAAGAUACUGGACCGUCCCACUGAUCAGAAGAGAAUGAUGCCUUUUGAUCAAGAUUUUGAGUUUUUGCUUCUUGAUUUCACCCUAACUUUUCAUAAAUUAACACAUUUUACUUCUUCACCUUUUGCAGAGCACAGCUUCUGUAUGCAUUUGAAUUGUAGUAUAGUCGUUUAUAGAAUUUCAAUGAAAAUUUUCUCCAUUG